AUGGUUCGACUCAUCACGCACAACUUGCUCGCUUGCCAUGUCAAAGGAUGCGAAUCAUCAUCGAACAAUUUCCCUUUGGAAUUCAAAGAUGUUCGGGUCGAGAUACGAGAGACGGAUUUCAAUCCGGAAUUCCUUCAAGGGUUCAUGCCCAAGAUCGAAUGGGAUGCUUUGGUCUCUGCUUCUAGGCAGCUAGGUGAUACAUCGCUUCCUGAAAACUUACCCGCUCCAGAGGCGCAGACGGAAGAAUUUCUCAAAGCAUUGCAUCGGGUACUCAUGGAGACACAUGUUGAAGAAGGUGCGAUGAUAUGCCCGAAUUGUGGGCAUGAGUACAGGAUAUCGAACGGAAUACCGAACAUGCUCCUCACGGAACACGAGAUCGGAAAGUGA